AUGGCUGCUGCUGCUUCGCAAAGUGCUUUCCAAAAGUUCAUCAACUCGCCCGCAGGUCCAAAGACCAUUCACUUCUGGGCUCCUGCCAUGAAAUGGGCCCUUGUCAUUGCUGGCAUUAGCGAUUUGCAACGUCCUGCCGAGAAGUUGAGCUUGUCCCAAACUGCUUCCCUUCUUGCCACCGGAUUGAUUUGGACUCGUUAUUCCAUGGUCAUUAUUCCCAAGAACUACAGCUUGGGUACCGUCAACCUCUUCGUUGCUGGUACUUCUUUGAUGCAAAUGGGCCGUAUCUUCAACUACCGCAUGUCCGACGAGUACAAGCAAAAGCAACUCCAGGCAGCAGCAUAG